AUGACUUCCAAAUUUGUUCUCUUGGUUCUUCUUGGGGUUCUUAUUUGCACCACCACUGCGAGAAAGCUAGUUGACUCAAAUGAUUUUGUCGAUGAUAAAAAUGCCUUCUUUGAUCACUGGAAUUUAGGAGGUGGCGGUGGUGGUGGAGGAUUUGGUGGUGGGCUUGGAGGUGGUGAUCAAGGAGAAGGAGGAGGUUUCGGUGGUGGAGGCGGAUUGGGUGGAGGAUCUGGGAGUGGAUUUGGAUUUGGUGCUGGCUAUGGCGGUGGAAUGGGAGGUGGAGGAAUCCCUUAA